AUGGUUAUCUCGUUUUCGGUUCUACUGAUCUUCUUGCUACAGUAUACCAGAGUUACAGAAUCUGUGGGAUUAUACCUACGUGUAGAGACAGGUCAUCAGAACAUUGCCAUCGAUGGACGUGACGUCUACUACGGUCACUACACGAAGAUCCAUUUUCACAAUGUGACAUGCAUCGAUGCAAUUGACAUUCACUGUCUGAAAGAACUCACUGGUGCCGAGGAAAUCGAUUUGCUAUACUCGGAAUGUCAAAAAGGGCACUGGAAAGUGGCACAUUACACGAAUUCAAAACAUCAUUUUAGGUUAAAAGAGCCAAUUCACGCUCUACGUCUUCUGAUUUCCAGUCGACGAGAACUUUCUGUAAUUGAUGCCCAAGUGAAAUCGUGCUCCUACCCACCAGCUCCACCAUCCGAAUGCCAUCGAACAACACGAAAUCACAACCACCGACACGGAAAAACUGGGUCAAUAUUGAGAGCAGUCGACCCAUAUUCUCGGUUAGAAGCUGAAAUGGAAGCAGAAAUUGAAGCAGGAGCAAGAGCAUUAGCAAGAGGACAGAAUCCCGAAAAAGAGGUGAAAAGAAGUAGGAGAGUGAGAAGAGAUGUUGAAGAUAUCACAAAAGAAGAAAAAGAAGUGAAAAUUAUGAGUGGGAAUCAGGAAAUCACAGAAGACAAAGUGAUUCCUUUUGGAAAUCAUUUGGAUGUUGCUGCAGGGUCGAGAUGGAAAUUUCAUGGAGGUGUUGGACUGAUAGUUUAUGGUUCUCUGAAUCUGAAAGGAACCAGUAAUCAACCUAUCAUAAUGGAAUCAUCAAGUAAAAACGAAAAAUGGCGUGGAAUUGAAUUCCGGAAUGCAGCAACUUCAUCUUUAACACACGUGAACAUCACUGGAGCUGACGUGGCUGUUAGCGUCAGAUCAGGAACAUCUCCAGACAUGGAUCAUGUUGUUGUUGAUGGAAAUACGUAUGGCAUUCAGAUUAGUGACAUGGAUUCUGGUUCAACAACUCAUUUGAAGUCAGUUGUAUCUGUGAACAAUGAGAAAACAGGAAUUGAGUACCUGGGAAAGGGUUCGAUAUCGAUUGAUCGAGCAGUUGCUGCUUCCAACGGUGGUCUAGGAGUCUUCAUAACCACCGAUAAAAAAAUAACAAUCCGUCGAAGUACUUCCUAUUCCAACAACGGUACUGGAAUCUACGUGGGAACAUCAGAAGUUAUUCUAGAAGAUGUAGUUGUGAAUUCAAAUGGAUUCUAUGGAAUACAUGCGGAAAUAGAGAAAAGAUUAGAAAUGGAUGGUGUAAAUGUGUCUGCUCAUAGAGGGGAGUUCGCAUUCGAAUUGUUUACAACAGGAAAUGCGAAAAUUGGAAUAACUAAUUCUCGUUUUCACGAUAACAAAAAGGGCGCAGUGCGGUUUUCUGGGCAAUAUCAGAGUCCGAAUAUAAUCUUCCGAAAUUGUCGUUUUCUUCGAAAUUCUGGGCAAAUGAUAACAAUCGAUCAGUUUCGAAAUGCGAGUUUGAUAGUUGACAAAUGCGAAUUUUUCACCAACAGUUAUGUUGAUUUCGAUGGUGGAGAUUCUGUAAUUUCAGUCAAGAAUAUCGAUGGGAACGAAAACCAACUAUCCAUUACAAGUUGCCAAUUCACCAAAAACACAAUGCAUGAUGUUAUCAAACUUUUGGAGACGGAUUCUGCGAAUCCCUCUAACACAGAAAUUGUUAUUAAUGGAAAUGAAUUCACUCAAAAUCUUGCUAACUCGAUUUUAACAACAAAUUCCGUCAACUCCUCCAUUACUGAAAAUAAAUUUCAAGACAAAAGAUCCACGUGUGAAAUCACAUACAAUUCUCCAGCCAUUCCGAUAGUUGAGGUUUUGACUCAGAAUAAAAUGUUAUCUGGAAACAAGAAUUCUCUAUGUACUGGUCAAGGAUAUCAAACAAUUCAAAUGGACGAACCCGCCACUUCUACGUUUACACCUAUUAUCGGAGUGACUGGAAAUCCAUUCAAAACUUCGAAUGGAGUAAUCAAAGCGUCAUCGGAACCCUACCUCAUCAAUGAAGAAGUCAUGAUAAAUAUUGGAGAAACAAUGGUAAUCGAACCAGGAACAAUUCUUGAUUUUGCCCCAGGAGUCGGUAUUACAGUAUCAGGUCAAUUGAUUAUGAAUGGAACUGAAGAUAAACCAAUUGUGACACGUGGACAAAACGGGAAUACGUGGCGUGGAAUAGUGGCGAAACCAGAAGGAGUUCUUGAUUUUAAAAAUGUUGUUUCGGAAGAUGCUUCGAUAGGAAUUUGGAUAGAUUCACAAAAAGUGAAGAUUGAAAACGGAAGGAUUGUGAGACCAGCAGUACAUGGAAUCGAGAUAACUCAGAAUUCGAAUGACGUGGUUGAUUUGGGAGGAGUUAUAAUUGAAGAAGCAAAUGAAUCAGCCAUCGGAGUCGACGAAAGAAGGGAUGAUCUGCUGAUUAAGAAUGCAAAUAUUCGGAAUGGAGUUGGAAGUGGUAUAGAUUUCAUGACACCUACAGGAAACAUCGAACUACAAAACAUCAAAAUUGAUAAUAUGGGCGCUUACGGAAUCCACAUUUCUGAAUUUCCAUCGUCUCCACUUCACGCUGUUCUUCUAGAAGACGUCAGCAUCACGAACCAGAAAAGAGGUCAUGCUGGAAUAUUGAUAUCUGGAGGAUGGAUACAGAAUGUUGGGAUUCAUAACUUGAAAUCGGCUGAUAACUCAGUACCAAGUUUGAUAAUAGCAUUGGAAUGUAAUGAUGGAAAUGAGAAAUUAAUUAAAAUGGAUAACAACACUUUUGAACGAAAUACGGAUAUUGUACAGCAUAUUCAAUUAGGAAGUUGUGCAAAUUUACAAAUGGAAAGGAACACGUACAAUGAGAACAAUGUUGAUGGAAUUGGAUCCACUUUGGUCAUUACUUCAGAAAAUAAUGUGAACAAGAAGAACGGAGUUAUGGAAAUAGUGAAAAACAAUUUCACGAAUAAUGGAGGAAUCUACACAGUCACAUUGGAUACAAAUGUUCAUGAUGCCUAUUUCACAGAUAAUGUUCUGACUGGAAACGCAAAUUCUGGAGCAGUUUUGAAGAUUGCUGGUGAGAACGUAAAGAUUGUCACUAACAACUUUGAUAACAAAGACAGCAAGUAUCAAAUUGCAUACUCUGAUGACUCGCCUAUCGAUGCUACAUUCAAUGAAUGGAAUGGCCUUGAUGAAGACGAAGUUUUGAAAACAAUUGACGCUAAAGAAGGAACUGUUCUUGUGGUCCCGUAUGGAUACACAACAGUUUCCGUUGAUAAUCAGUUGGAUCCUAUGACUACAGUAGUCCCGGUUACGGUACCAGACUCUGCAAACAUCAAAUGUGCUCAUCUUGCGUAUUGCUCAAGACGUGGAACUUGUAAGGAUGGAAUCUGUAUUUGCCCACAUGGAUACACUGGAUUCGACUGCUCAAUUCCAUUAUUCUGUAAUUGCAGUGGAAACGGACUAUGCAAUUUACUAAACAUUUGCAUGUGUAAUGAGGGAUGGUCUGGUUCCGAUUGUUCCGUUCCAAAAUGCGUGUCAAAUUGUACUGGACAUGGAAAAUGCACUGCUCCGAAUCGAUGUGAAUGUGAUCAAGGAUGGAUGGGAGAAACAUGUUCAGUCACAUCUUGUGUAGAUUCUAAUUGCCUUCAUGGUCAUUGUGGUUCCAAUGGACUCUGUAAAUGUGAAGCUGGAUGGAAAGGUUCUCGAUGUCAGGUACCUCAUUGCAACAACUGUACUCUUAACGGAGUAUGCAGUCGUCCUGGAUUCUGUAGUUGUUUUGAUGACUACGGUGGUUCAAACUGUUCGAAAUGCGUUGGAGACUCUUGUGGAGCGUGUGAUUUCGACUGUAACCACGGAAUCUGUGAACCACUCACGAAGACAUGUUCCUGCUCGAAAGGUUGGAUGGGUGGAGCUUGUGAUGUGUGUGCAACUGGAAAAUGCGAGGAUUCGAGUAGGAUUCAGUAUAUUCAACCGUCAACCGCAGAGUUGGAAGAUCUGAACGUUGUCGUGAAUGUUUUUGGUGAAGGCUUCUCAAUAACUGACAACAAUUCUUAUGUGUGUACUUUCGGGAGAACAAGUGUGACUGGUCGAAGAGUUUCCUCAGCUCUCAUUCGAUGCCCAAUUCCUGCAAAUCUCACUCUAGGAAGACACGUCUUCAGUAUCUCUCAACCAGGAUCAUUUAAUGCAAUCGGUACUUCUGAAGCAAAACCAAUUCACUUCACACUGUAUGAUGGCUGUGAGCCGUCACUCUGUCAAGGUUCUUGUGUUGGUCCACUGUGUAUAUGUCCUCAAGGAAAAACUGGAAUAUUCUGUGACGUCAUUGAAGUUCUUCCAAGUAUUGAUAAACGAUUUCUGGAGCAUCAGAGAGCUAACACUGCCUUCGAAGGUGUCCCAUAUGUAUUGAUGCUUCCAACAAUGGCUUCAUCUGUCCUCCGUGUCAAUUCAACAAUUCCAGAUCUUAAUUUUAUUGCUUCGAAAGGAAUCGUAGCAUGGCCGGAUCCAAUUGGUUCACCAUACCCGUACGAGGUUUCAGUCACUGCAUUUUCUCCUGCUGGGGAGACAACGAUAGCAUGGAAUAUAACUGUCCAACCAGAGUAUGCUGUAGAAGUGAAAAAUGUGACAGUGGAGGGAGGAAGAGCCAAAAUAAGAGGACAGCUGAUUGGACCUGCUGCAGCUUCAUCAAGAAAGAAUCCAGUUAUAAUCCGAGUGAGAAGAGAUGAUACUGUAGAUGAGAUUCUGGCUGAAUCUGAUACGAAUGGUGAUGUAUCAUUUGAUUAUAUUCCAAUGCUUCCUGGAGUUUAUGAAGUCACAAUGGCCCAUCCAAAUGUUCCAAGUGACCCGAUUCAGCCAGUUCGAUUCACAAUUCCUGAAAUAAAUCUUCCAAUUAUUGGCGAAUCUUCUAAUUCAUCACUUUCCUUGAACAUCUCGGGACGAGAAAAUUGUCAAGUAAAAUUGAUUCAACCAAAAGUAGAAAAUGUAGAAGUUGAGGAACACGGAGCACAGAAAGUGGUGAAUUUUGGAAGAUUUUGGGAUGGGGAAGUGUUGGCAACAGUCAAGUGUGAAGGUGCUCCGAUCGAAAUAGUGAGAGCUCCACCGAUUCAGUCAAAGGGAGUUCUGACAUCGACACCUGAGGUUUUGAGUGUAUAUGGGAACGAGAAUCUUUAUGAAGUAAAAGUUCACUGGCCACCUGAAAUUGAAUUCAAUCCAAGUGUUGUGAUAUCUGAUAGCAGUUUUGAUGAGAAUCCAGUGGUAAUCGCAGAAGAUAAAUACCUUCGAAUGACAUUCUCAACUGUCGGAGAAUCGAUUGGAAACGGGACAAUUCAAGUGAAAGAUGGAUCAACUGUGAUGACAACAAUCCCAUAUUUCUAUGCUGCUGCCAACAAAUCUCAGUACUAUACUUUUAAAAUCUGUGUUCGAGAUGAAUGGGAUGGGCAAGAAGGUGAAUUAUCUUCAACCGAAGCAGCCACGAUUGCAAUUCAGAAUCCACAAAGAGGAGUUGAUAUAACUAAAACAAAUAUCAGAUUGAAUGUGCAAUGGGCUGAUUUUUCACUGCAACCCGGUACUUACAACUUAUUGGUGAGAAGUGAACUUCAUGAACCAGUCGAACAAAUUGUGGAAUUGAGUCCACUGAAUACGAGCUUCUGUGUUCCAUUAAUCUCCUCUCGUUCCCGAAAUCUUCCGACUAUCCACUGUUCACAUUUCACUGAUCCUGCAUCAUGUGACGUGGAAAUCACAUCAGUUGCUUCUGCCGAUAAUCAACUUCCUGUUUUCAAUUUUCAACCAUCUGUUGUAACAUCAAAAGGUCAGAAAGUUCUUGUUACUCCACAUGGAAGUUUGGAAGGAACAAUUGGAUUAUGGAAUAGUCAAGUGGCUGAAAUCAUGGUGACACCUUCAAAAAGAUCAGUGUCUGUCAAUGAGAGUUUUUGGAUAACAUUCUCUUGGAAAAACGAUAUCAUGAUAAAAUGUGAUGUGAAAACUCUUCAAGUUCCAUUUGUCUUCUUGCCAGAUUCAAGUCAAUCUCAAGUUCCAGUUCACAGUUCCUCGAGUAUUCUUAUAAGACUUCAAGAUGGAUCCAAUGAGAUUUGUGACAAUGACAACACUGCAGUCACCCCUGCCACGUCAACUCUGGUUAUGUGUAAUUGUGGAGAUGGAGCCAGAACAAGAUGCCGAGAAAGAUAUCAUUCAGCCACUGCUUGUGGUGGUUCAUGGAAUAAAAUAGCAGAUGAUACUGUCUCUUUGGAAGUUGUUGCUUCAUUUCUAGCAAUGAUUUUCGAAUGUCGAGAAGUAUCCGUGGAUUUCGCAGAACUCCGAAAUUCUUUAGAAUGUGUGGCUUCAAUUGAGAGCGAUUGUCCAGUUACAUCAAGAAGGCAUAAAAGAGAUAUAGUACAGAUGCAGAAUGAUUCUCCAUUCGGAAUAAUUAAUAGACUGAAUUCAAUCAGUACAGAUUUCGGAAAAGUUCUUCCAGUUUUGAAUGCAUUGGAUGUUCAAACAAUCAGAAUAUCUUCUGUUUUCAUUGAAUUCGUAGACAGAAUGCAGAGGAUGUUUCCGGAUGAAAUUAUCAAAUCCAUGGAUAGAGACACAGUUGACCGUUUCCUUGGAGCAAUCGCAGAUUCAUCAGAUGAAGGUCAACUGAUAUCAGAAGCAGAAAAAAGAAUAAUUGGUUCGAGUGCCUUCAGUCUCAUUCAGUUGUGGAAUCUGACAGUUAAAAGUUGGAAAUCUGGAAAAGUGCCGAUUGAAAGGCUAGGAAUCACACAUCAAGAUGCAAAACAAUUGGUAGCGGCUGCCGAUAAAAUCAAGUCGAUUUCAAGACAAAAUGUGGCACAAGAUCCUUUUGCAAUGCUUCAUGGAUAUAUGGAAAGAAUGUUGGAAACGGGAGUGACGGAACAAAAAGAAUGCGCAACGACAACUGUAUUCAUAGAUAAAACAGAAGUUGAGGAAGAUGGACAGAUGAGAAUUCAGGUCUUCAUCAAAAAUAGAGCGAACAUGACACUGACCAACGUGGGAGUUACCCUCUCUUUCGUGAAAUCUGACUCAAAAACUCCAAUUGUCAACUUCAAUAUCGGUCCAUCUUGGUCAGCUGGAAUAGGAAGUCUCAACGGUCUUGGAACUUUUGAUGCCGGAUCUUCUUUUGAAAUUCACUGGACUCGACUAAUAUCUGCCCCAAGACGUCUCACGACAGUUGCUAAAUAUCAGCCAAUAAUCAUCUUCUCGUUCUCUUCGAUGGGACGUCUGACUCAACAGAAAUUGUUUGCAUCAGAAGUUUCUGUGAUUCCAAAGAAAACAAUUCGAGCUAUAAACAUCAUCAAAGACAGUUUAUCACCAAAAGAAGGAACUGACUUCUCUAUCAUCAGUGCAAUCAUUAAUCAUGGAUACACUCCGCUCAAAGAAGUUGAAAUUAUAAUGAAUGAAAUGAAACACUCCGAGUCUGUCACCCCACGUCUCGACUCAAUUUUCGUGAAUGGCAAACCAACAUUCAAGACAAUGACACCAAAGUUCUCAGUGAUUCCCAGCGGAUCCACACAACUUGUUCGAAUUGUGAUGAAGAACAGAGAUGAUAACAUUGUACCGCUAUUAUCAAUGAAUUUGACCUGCCUCGAAAAUGAGAAACUGUUACCGUUGGAGACAACAGAAACAUACGCAAUCCGUGCAGCUGGAAUUUCAGAUUUUGGAAUGUUGCUGGCGACACCAAAUCAAUCAGUUCCUUUGUUUUACUUCCGACCGUCAGCUGCUCAAAUGGUGAAUGUCAUAAAACUCGAAUUUCUAUCGAUGCAAAAGAUUAACGCAUCAGAACCUGGAAAACGCAGUUUUGUAGCAGCAUUCAGAAAUCCAGAAUCAACAAGCUUCGGUGGAGCUUUGUGGGCUCGCAUGCCAGUUCCAGAAGUGAAUGAAAUGUAUAAACUGAUAUCAAUUGUGGAUAGAGGAGGAUCAAGACCGAGAGAACUACAGGCUGUGCAGUGGACUUCUGAAGAGAAUGCAAGUUUUGAUUACAACUAUUUAUAA